AUGCCACACAGCUCUCUCAGCUGCAUUAUUGCCGCCGACGCCCUGAAUUCCAUUCUCGACUCGUGGCAAAAUGCCGCCGGUUAUUACGAUACAGCCAACCACACGCACGAUGAGAUAAGCAGUGUAAUUCGAUCUGAGCGAUAUCUCAGCUUCACCGGCAACUUGUUUGAGCAUCUCGUCGAUAUUCUGUUCGUCAUCAUUUUCAUCGAGCUUGGAAACGGACUCAUGCACUCGCUGAAUCCAAAGCCAUCGAAGUACCAGACCGUGUUACGGUACACGGCUUACGUUGCCGCCACCAUUUUCUUCGCUUUCGCCCUCGCAUACUUUGGACAACCGACGGCAUCUUGGGUGGCAUAUUGGAACGGCUCAGAAAGCAAUUCGAGCUACGCCCAGCUCUCUCAGUCAUUGAAGGUUGUCGGCAAACUAGGGGCUUUGUUUUAUACUUCCUUGUGGAUCAUCUCCCUCUUUCAGGUCGGAUAUGCCUCUUUUGUGAUGCACAAGCACAAGAGUCGUGUGCUCACCCGUCAGGCCGCCAUUCUCUAUCUCACUGUUACCGUCUUGGAUUUUGUCCGGUGGACCUUUUUCCUCACCCUCUAUGCGCGGUGGCUUCUUCCGUCCGGAGCCGGUCCUCCCUGGUGGAGUCUUAUGGAUGCUGUCGGCAACACGUGGAUCCGGCUGGUGCAGCUCGUGAUGCUUCUCGUUAUUGGUAUGCGAAAGAGAAAGGGAAUAUGGACGACCCAUCAGGCCUGGGCGGCAAGCAGCGAGUCGACAAUGACGUCUACUAUGGUAUCGACGACCAAUCGACCUUCGCCAGUCAUGACACCCGGUACUGCCGCCUAUCCUCACGCGAUAUACCCCCACAAAGAAUAUGCACAGCCGACCCAGAUGCUGCCAGCCUGGUACGUCCCUCCGCAAGUGCCGCCGUGGCAAUAUCACGAACUUGCCGCUCCACAGCCCGUCAUCCUGGCUCCCGGAGAGCUCGACACAAUGACGUAUCAAUAUGCGCCUCACCCCAUGUUGGGACCGGGCUAUCUGGUACUACAGUCGACGGCCCAGAUUCAACGGAAUUACCAGCAGCAGCAGCAGCAACAACAACAACAACCGCAACAAUCACAACAUUAUCCAAUACCACAAGACCAUCAUUCUCUACCCAAUCAUCAUCCAUUACAGCAUCAGCCUCUGUUUCAGCCUCAUCAAUACCAUACACAGUAG